CCUUCUCAUACAAAAUACAGCACACGUCUUGUCAGUGUCAUAUUUUCGUAUGUACUAUUACUUUACGGUAAUUUCCAUACAAUGGCGAAUAUUGGCGCACUGUUCAUAAUCGCGUACUUUGCAAGUUUUUGUAACUGUGAGACUGGCCCGUUUGUGUCCCUGAAACAAGGCGAUAUUUUAGGAAGAUAUUUUACAACCAGAAAAGGAAGAACCGUGAGUGGCUUUAGUGGAAUACCAUACGCCCAACCACCCAUUGGAAAACUUCGAUUUAAGUCUUCAGUUCCAUUGGAGCAGUGGAGUGGUACCUUAAACGCUACGCAACCUCACGCAGUAUGUCCCCAGUUUAACUACUACGAUAAAGAAAAUCCAAAUCCAAUUGCCGGAAGCGAAAAUUGUCUUUUUCUCAACGUUUAUACUCCACAGGUACCAAAAGAUAAAUGGAAUAACAUAAGCUACCCUGUCCUCUUCUACAUACACGGGGGAUCCUUUUCAGUUGGCAGUGCUAGAUAUGAUUGGUUGGGACCUGAGUUGCUUUUGGAUAAAGAUCUUGUUCUAGUCACUGUCAACUACAGAUUGGGAGCUUUAGGAUUUCUAUCUACUGGAGAUGACGGUAUACCCGCAAAUAACGGCCUAAAAGAUCAAGUGUUGGCCUUGCGAUGGGUUAAAGACAACAUAGCGGGAUUCGGCGGAGAUCCUGAGAAAGUUACGAUCUGUGGAAAUUCAGCUGGAGCAAGUAGUGUUCACUAUCUGACGCUUUCGCCUAUGGCAAAAGGUCUUAUAACCAGUGCUAUCAUCCAGAGUGGAGUUGCAAUAUCCCAAAUAGCUGUAAUACCACGUAACGAAUCGAUAAGGUAUGCCCAGCGGUUUGGUGAGAAAUUGAACUGUUCAUCGGGUACGAGUGAAGAUUUGCUAAAGUGCCUCCAAGGCAGACACUUGUACGAUAUUGUCAAACAACAGCUAACAUUUUCGACUUGGGAUUCUUCGGCGAUUCCAUUUCUGCCAACGAUAGAACAAAAAUGUACCGAUGCGUUUCUCUGCCGCAAUCCCUUUAAACUGAUGCAGUCCAAUGACGUACUAGAUAUACCGAUUAUGCUAGGCAUAGUUCCAAACGAAGGAAUAAUAGUUUCCGCAGCUUUAUCUCCCGAGAAAAUAGACCAAAUGGAAGAGACAUUCGACACCAACGCCUUUCACGACUUCAAUCUUGAAUCCUUGCAUUUGGCAGAUAGUUUGCGCAAAUUCUACUUUGGAAAUCAAACGAUUGGACUCAAAACUAGACCAGAGAUCACUGAUUUGUACACAGACGGGUGGUUCCUAUCAGGAGCAGACUUCUUGGUUCAGAACCAUUUGGCUUACAGAAAGCAGCCGAUAUACUUCUAUUACUUUCACUACAUGGGAUCGGAAAGUUACGCAUCUCUGUAUAAUGAUACCAGCUUUGUUUGUGGAGCCAGCCAUACAGAUGAAUUAUUGUAUCUACUGUCUCGAAAUGUGGCUUUUCCGGGUUACAAGCCAACGUCAUUAGAUGAAAAAAUGACCACGACGAUGACAAGUUUAUGGUUUAACUUUGUUCGAUAUGGGAGUCCCACACCAGGAAAUGAAUCAGAGAUGCCGCUAUGGCGAAGGGUUGUCAGCAACAAUUUAGAAUAUUACCACAUUAAAGGACCGCGUAUAUUAAGUAUGCGCAGUUACCUACUCUCAAGUAGAAGAUAUUUGUGGAGGAACAUGAGAUUGGAUGCAGAUAAGUUCGAUCCAUAAUCCUGCAAUUUAAGUUAAGUAUAAUGGCGGGCCAAAAUGUUAAUAUGGCUUGGAUGUUCUUUUGAAAAUUAUUUCUACUUUUGUAUUAAAAUGCUGUUACGAAUCGACGCCAUAUUCUGCCCUAAAGGUAAACUUGGAAACGGGAAUAUAAUUUUAAUUUUUUUUAUUGUAACUUUAAAUAUUUGUAUUGAUAGCAUGCAAUAAUUGAUACUUUGUAAUUUUAAUGUAAGAAACUUGACGCAGUUGACAUAAAUUGAACAAAUCUGA